CACCACAGUAAUGCUGGCGUUUGCCGAAGGCGACCGAUGACCUCAACGAACUUUUUUUCUUCUCUUUUCUUUGCCAGCACAGCAACAACCUGGAAGGUACUGAAUUUACCUGGUACGUGCGGUAGUGUACGCACAUUACGCAGCAAUGCAGGCACGCCGGGCCUUGUGCUACCUUCCGACGGGAUGUUGCUUUCGAGGAGGAUCCCGGCAGCGGGACCCGGUCGAGCAUCUGCCGCCGUCCAUGCAAAAACGAACGGCGGGACGCACAAAGAGCGGGAAAAGCGAAAAUCUCCACAGGCCGGAGAGGUAGCGAUUGGGCACCGGGCAGACGUUCGGCCGCGCCCCGAUGUCUGUCCUGGACACUAAGUUCUGGUGCAAUGCAGCGCCUGCCCUGCCUGCCGAUGCAACAGGGUGACCUUCUGACAUCCAUGAUGCCCGUCUCGCUACGAUUGGACUUUCCCGGGCGCCAAAGCAAUUGUGCGGGCGGCUUUGUUUUAUCGAGUUAAUACCGAUCGUCAUAUUUUGCCAGCGGUUUCACACCUCGAGGGCCGAAGAGCGACCC